CAUCACUAGCGGCAUCGGCUGUCAGAUACGGGGUCGCCAUUUUUCCAGUUCACUUUUCAGCACACUCAGAUACAUUUUCUCUUGCUGUACGUGUGAGUGGGCUAGGCGUCUACUGUGAAAAAAUACAUAAAUUUUCUUAGUACUUUGUUCGCAUAAUUAAGAAAAAACAACAAGUGUAAUGGCUGAUUUAAAUGAUUCGAAUGGAAAUUACGACGACAACGAUGAGCAAAUUUCGGAGCCCGAGCAGCUGCGUAAACUGUUUAUCGGUGGCUUGGACUAUCGAACCACCGAUGAGGGCUUAAAGGCGCAUUUCGAAAAAUGGGGCAACAUUGUCGAUGUUGUGGUUAUGAAGGAUCCGAAAACAAAACGUUCUCGCGGCUUCGGUUUCAUUACGUACUCGCAAUCGUACAUGAUCGAUAAUGCGCAGAAUGCGCGUCCACACAAAAUCGAUGGACGCACAGUGGAACCAAAGCGUGCGGUGCCACGGCAGGAAAUAGAUGCACCCAAUGCCGGUGCCACGGUAAAGAAACUCUUCGUUGGCGGUCUGCGGGAUGAUCACGAUGAGGAGUGCUUGCGUGAAUACUUCAAGGACUUUGGCCAGAUUGUCGGGGUCAAUAUUGUGUCCGACAAGGAUACGGGCAAGAAGCGCGGCUUUGCCUUUAUCGAGUUCGAUGACUACGAUCCCGUGGACAAGAUCAUACUGCAAAAGACGCACAACAUCAAGAACAAGACGCUCGACGUGAAGAAGGCCAUCGCCAAACAGGAUAUGGAUCGUCAGGGUGGUGGCGGCGGAGGAGGAGGAGGUGGCGGCGGCGGUGGUGCUCGCGGUGGUCCUGGUCUCGGUGGUCGCCCAGGCGGACGAGGUGGAGAUCGUGGUGGACAAGGCGGCGGUUGGGGCAACAAUCGUCAGAAUGGCGGUGGCAACUGGGGAUCGGGUGGCGGCAGCUUUGGCAAUAACGGCAAUUUCGGUGGCAACCAAGGCGGCGGCGGUGGCGGAGGAGCUGGCGGCUGGAAUCAACAGAGCGGUCCAUGGAACAACCAGGGCGGCAAUCAAGGCGGCGGUGGUGGCUGGAACAAUGGCGGCGGUGGCUACAGCAGCGGUGGUGCCAACACCAAUGGCGGUGGCGGCAACUGGGGUGGCAACCCUGGCGGCGGCGGUGGCGGCAGCUUCAGCAAUGACUAUCAACAGAGCUAUGGAGGUGGACCACAGCGUAACAGCAACUUUGGCAACAAUCGUCCAGCUCCCUACAAUCAAGGCGGUGGCUUUAACAAGAGUGGUGGACAGGGCAGCGGUGGUGGUGGCCAGGGCGGUUUUGGCGGUGGCAACAACUACAACACCAGCCAAGGUGGAAAUAUGGGCGGCAAUAGACGUUAUUAAACAAGGUAAACACUUACAGAAUCAGUUCAAGCUAGACAAACAGGCAGUCUAGGCACAGGCAGAGGCAGAGAAGAAAGCAGAGAGGAGAGGCAGAAGCAGAGAGACAGGCAGGCAAUCAAUGACAGUGAGAGGCAGAAUAUAAUCUAUAUAUAUAUAUAUGGUCAAGUCAGGCAGAGACAAGGGAUAAUAAAAAAAACAAUAAACAAAGAAAAUCAGCAGCUAACAAAAACAGUUUGCAGUUGUCUACAAAUCCCCCGAGAUAUCAAAAGCUAAACAAAUGCAAAUCAAAUUAUGUUUUGAUAUGAACCAGAAAAGAAAACUCACUUCAACAACAACAACAAAAAUACCAACUAUUAAUCUGCUAAUGUCUUGUCUCAAUUAAUGCAUACAUUUAAUUUUUAAUUGAACAAUUCGUGUUUUAGGAUGUUAAGUACCUUGAAAACCGCUUAGUUUUAACUAAAUUAACACAAACAUACAAAAAAAAAAAAGAUUACAAAAAAAAAAGAGAAAAACAAAUCCAAUACCCAACAUCCGAAAAAUAUACUAAAACUAUAUAAUUUUAUUUAUAAAAUUUGACUAUUAAAAAUCGCAUCUAAUAUAUUUGUGGCAAGCAUAAUUCUCUUGUUUGGAGAACUGUUUGCCCUCAAGUCGAGGAUCGAGGCGGCGUGUAAAAAAAGGUAGUGUACCUACAACUUGAAUUAAUUAUUAGGCAUCGAUGCUCAUAUUUUUUUAAAUAAUGCAUUUUUGUCGUACUUUCCAAACACACACAUUAUACACCUAUCUAAGUUUAUAGCAAAUCAGCAAAAAAAAAAGUAACAUUAAAAGAAAAACCAAUUUUUAAGUAAACAUAUAGAAAACCUAUUUUGUAAAACAUUUUUUGUAUAUUUAAGCUUUAUACCUAUGAUUUACAUUUUAACCAAGUAAUAGAAGAAAAACACAUCCCUUUAUACAAGCAAAAAUAUUUAUCCUGUUACUUCAAGCAAUGAGCGCGGGAGAGUGAUUAAUGAUUUUUGAUUAUAUCAUAUAUGAAAAUUGUCUACAAACAUGAUCUUUCUUCAAAUCGAAACCACAUUACAUACCAAUUUUGUUAGUGCAUAAGAAUAUUGGUACAAGGAAAGAAAAACUACAAAAAACAAUUAUGAAAUUCUGCUGUAAUUAGAACGUUACGAGGAAGAAAAUAAAACUAAUGUUACCCACCCGAAA